AUGGCCAAACAAAAGUACCUGGGCCUGAGUGGCACCCAGCUCCAAAUUGCGAUCGGCCUUUUAGCUGGCAUGGACUUUCUACUUUUUGGGUACGACCAAGGUGUGACGGGUGGCUUGCUCACGCUGGAAUCAUUCCGAAAGUACUUCCCUACCAUUGAUACCACAGCAGCCGGUACAAGGGGCUUGACAGCUGCGCAAAAGAGCGCUCAGUCGACUCGUCAGGGUAUCACUGUGGCGUCCUACAACUUGGGCUGCUUCGCCGGCUCCAUUCCGACCAUCUGGAUCGGUAACAUGCUCGGUCGCCGCAAGGCGAUCUUCCUCGGUUCUUUCAUCAUGGUGAUUGGCGCAAUCUUGCAGUGCGCCUCGUAUGGACUGGCUCAAUUCGUCGUUGGUCGUUUGGUCACUGGGUUCGGCAAUGGCAUCAACACCUCUACGGUUCCCACGUGGCAGUCCGAGUGCUGCAAGUCUCAUCGUCGUGGCCAGAUGGUCAUGAUUGAAGGUGCCAUGAUCACUUUUGGAAUCAUGAUCAGUUACUGGAUCGAUUUUGGAUUCUUAUUCACAGAUCCCAGUGAGGUGGCAUGGCGAUUUCCCCUGGCAUUCCAGAUCUUCUUCGCUCUGAUUAUUCUUAGUUUCGUGAUGUUCUUGCCCGAGUCGCCUCGUUGGCUGAUUCUCAAGGGUCGCGAAGACGAGGCUCGGGACGUGCUUGCGGUUCUUUCCGGUCACGACGCUGAUGAGACGUACCUUGAAACCGAAUUCAUCGCGAUCAAGACUACCGUGCUGGAAAUGGCCAAGGGUUCCUUCAGUGACAUGUUCACGAUGGGCAAAGAUCGUCACUUCCACCGGACCAUGCUGGCCUAUGUCAACCAGUGUUUCCAGCAAAUUUCCGGCAUUAACUUGAUCACCUACUAUAUCCCUACACUGCUCCAGAACCAAGUCGGACUCACUCCCACAUUGUCUCGACUGAUUGCGGCGUGCAACGGGACAGAGUAUUUCCUUGCCUCCUGGGUGGCCGUGUUCACAGUGGAGAAGUUUGGGCGCCGGACGCUGAUGAUCUUUGGCGCCGCUGGCAUGUCACUGUCAAUGGUCGUCCUGGCCAUCACCGACAGCAUUUCUGCAGCUCAUCCCCAGACUCCCCUCGGAACUCGCGCGGGUAUCGCACAGGCUGUCUUCCUCUUUGUCUUCAAUACCUUCUUUGCCAUUGGUUGGCUCGGAAUGACUUGGCUCUAUCCCGCCGAGAUUGUGCCAUUGAAGAUCCGCGCCCCUGCCAACGCCUUGUCCACAUCGUCAAACUGGAUCUUCAACUUUAUGGUCGUGAUGAUCACGCCUGUUGCAUUCAACAAUAUUGGAUACAAAACCUAUAUCAUUUUCGCGGUCAUUAACGCCGCGAUCGUCCCAUCAGUCUACUUCUUCUUCCCAGAGACCACCUGUCGAUCUCUGGAGGAAAUGGACCGCAUCUUCUGGAAGACGCGAAACAUCUUUGAAUGUGUCAAGAUCGCUCGCGAAGAACCGCACAUGUACGGCCGCAAGGGUGAACUACUGCGUACCCUGUCCGACGUGGAGGAUGACGCCACUCACCGCGCCAGCGCGCAAAUAGAAGGGUCGAGAAAGUCCACCAAGCAGCAUCACGAGCAUCUUGAGGACGGCUCAGGCUCGAGCGAUAGUCCUGUCGAAAAGGAGAAAUGA